AUGGCUGAUUUCGUGGAGCCCCCCGUCUCUGUGCCCCCAGAGCAGAAACACGGAAACACCUUGCCCUCAACAACGUCAACGUUCGGAUCGAGCACCGAGUUCGAAGAGACGGAGCCAUCCGGUGUGCCCGAGAGCAGCACGCCCCCGCAAAGCCAGCAAGUCAAGUUGGUUCCUCCACCCAAGGAAGUGGCCGAGAAAUGUCCUUCGAACCUAAUGCAGGAAGAAGUACCAGUGGAGCUGAAGGGGCCAGCCUCGCCCAACUACGGCGCGGAGAUGACGCCCUUCCAGCAGAAAGUGGCCAACGUCACCUGCUGCUUCAGCUUCAGCGUCAUCCUGGUCACCGUCGUGGCGGUCGUGGCUCUCGCGCUUACAAAUCGGGUGCAGCGGCCGAGGCGCGAGGCGCUCAAGGAGUGUGGCCAGGGUCACUGCAGCCGCGAGCUGCGGUAUCUGGACGCCGUCGUGGACACCGCCGUGGACCCGUGUUCCGACUUCUACGCUUACAUGUGCAACCGUUGGAGCGGCCGGCACGCCGGCGCGGGAUUCCUGCAGGACGCGUUCGACAAGUUCUUCGGGACUCUCGCGACGGCCGUGCUGCAGACGCGCCCCGCUGUCUUCGGUGGUGAGGCUCAAGUUUUUCAGGUUGGAAAAACCUUGCUCCAGGACUGCAUCGGGUACAUGAACGCAGAAAAGCCCGACCUACCGCGGGACGUCACUUCAGUGCUUAACGUCCUCAACUUAUCGGCCCUUCUGGCAAGCAACUCGUCCAGGGUUGCCUUGGUGCUCUCCCUCAACAUGUCAUUCGCAACCGGCUUACACUGCCUAGUGGCCAUCACGCGUAGGAAGAAACGUCAGGGAGGGAUUACGUAUCUGUACUUGUACAGAACACCCAGCUUACGCCAAGAGCUCCGGGCACAGACCGAGGACGAUGGCCUUUAUCUCUAUAUUCACUCUCUGAUAAACCUGAUAUCGCCGUCCGAGCAGAACGCUUCAACUGCCGGAGCUCGAGACGUCAUCGACAUCGACAGCGUGCUUGAGUCCUUUGACACGGACGAGAGGAAAGAGACGUGGCUCCUUCCGGAAGUGCUGAAGAGGGACACGUCAUUUCCGGAAGGCGUGUGGAGAGAGGCUUUCCGCUCGUUCAGAGUCGGGGGCCUUGUCGAUGUUGACGUAGAUGAGGUCUUGUUCAGCGGCUACAGGCAGACUAGCAGCGUCUUCAGGCACCUCGACUACAUGCCUGCACCGGCGACGACCUGGUACUUGGCAAUGCUGUUCCUGGCACAGGCGCUACGCGUAGAUUACGCCAGGCGGUAUCAAUCGGGUCGCACCCGAGACCAGGAAUAUCUCUGCUUGGACGCCGUCAACCGAGCACUCGAACUUCACUGGCACAACUUCGUGAGCAACCUCACCUUCGCCGGUCUGGUUGGCGACUCCGAGCUGGACGUCAUGUUCAGGCGACUUCGCGAGAAGAUCGUGCCUGCCUGGCUCAGCAACGAGACAGCGCUGAUGGCUCAGGAGAAACUCAGCGCGUUGUCCUACAGGGCAUACGUGCCUUCCGGCGAUGACGCCUUUACAGGAACACCAGGAUACAACAUGACGUACGUGGCGCAAGAGGCAGAUGCUGCACUGAGCCGGCCGUUUCCCGGAAAUUACGUGGCUCUGCGAAUCUUGACGCAACGGGAAACUGUGCUGGCGAGGCCACCCGACGCAGCGGAAGCGGAAAUGGCCAGGCUCUGGGCCCAUCCUUGGCCCGUCUACAACGAGGUCCCCGGCACCGUCAUCUUGCCGUCGGCGUACUUGGACAGACCCCUUAUGUACGCCCGGUCCGCGACCCCGGAGGUGAACUACGCCACCGUCGGGGUGGUGAUGGCCAAGGCACUUGCCAAUGCCAUUGGUCCCAACUCAAGGUGGAACGCGACGUCUUCCGGGUCCUGGUGGGGAACCGAGGCCAGCUUCUCCUACUCGAUGCUGGCGGGCUGCCUGCGUCAGCACUCGGACCCCAACGUGAUCGCCAACCCGAUGGACCCACAGCCCAGGAGGUCCGCGGCGUUCAAGUCGAGCCUGUUCUCCUGGAUGCGCGCGGCCAGGGCAGGGCUGGAUGCGCUCCGGGACCAGUUCCGUGGCUCGAACCGCACCGAGAAACAGUGGGGCCGGGCUCAGCGCGUGUUCUUCAAGCGCUUCUGCCUCCUCUCCUGCGGUUCGGAGCGGUGGGAUGCCAUGUCGCCGCUCGAGCGAUGUACGUGGCCUCUGCUCAGCAUGCCGGAGUUUCGAGACGCGUUCAGCUGCAGGAACGACACGAUCGAGCACUUCGACAGCACGUGCGCUUCACUCUGA